CCGGCUGCCAUGACUUCAGCGCGUUAGGAUCUGCGCUUUCGUUUUUAAGUUUUCUUCCAUAGCUCCGGUUGCCAUAAGAAUGAUUCACUGCCACGAAGAUAAACCUCACAUGUGACUAAUAAGACUGCUAAAAACCGACGGAAACGAACACAAACACAUGACAGAAGGACCGCCUCACUUAAAAAGUGCACUGUCAACACAAAGCGUGGAAAUGGGAAAGUCGGUGGAAAAACAAUGAAGCUUCCUGUUGUUGGUCAGACCAGUCAGGAGCAGAGAGGGUGAGAAGACAGUGAGAGAGAGAGAGAGAGAGAGAGAGAGAGAGAGGGCAGGACAAAAGAAGGAGACUGAGGAGAACCUGAGCCACCGAAGGGCAAAAUGGCAAAAGCAGCCGUCCUUGCUACCGUGCUGUGCCUGUCAGCUCUUUCCCUGGGUCACCCUGGGAAUGGAAGCCUGGAAAAUGACGUGGGAAUCGGGAGUCCAGACAGCGGAAUGCCAGCGCAGCAUGAUGGGCCAAAGCCGCUUCCCAGUCCCGAGGGAGAAGCAACUCAGGAGACUGUGAAGGGUGAUGGUGACAGUGAGGAACCAGACCCAAGUCCUGCCUCAGACUUUGAGAACAGCUACAAUUAUCUCUUAUCCAGACUGGCGGCCAUGGACCAGGCCAUUCACAGGUUGAACGUGGGACACUACACCCUGGACGUGAAGAUGUCGCAGCUGCUGGACAGGGUUUCCCGGCUGGAUGGCAGAAUCGGAGAGGUCGAGGAGAGCGUGCAGCAGGUGUUACUCCUCAGCAAGGAGAAUCGCAAGGAGGUUGGGCGUCUGGAAGGUUGUCAGAAGGGCCGAAGGAUAGGGUAUAAGUGCUUCCUGGUGUAUCGCACGUAUGAGUCAUAUGCCGGGGCAUCGAAGCUGUGCCAGGAGCGGGGCGGCAGGAUGGCCAUGCCGCGGGACAGGAAGGAGCAGGAGGCCCUGGCCGACUACGCCAAAACCUUCUUCCACCCGGGGAACUGGCCGGUGUGGCUGGGGAUCAACGACCAGCGCUCGGAAGGGCUCUACCUGUUCGAGGACGGCACGCGCGUCACCUACUUCCAGUGGCGCAAGCACUACCUGUCCAGCCAGCCGGACGGAGGCAAGCGGGAGAACUGUGUGGCCAUGUCCUCGGAUGACGGAGACUGGUGGGACAACUACUGUGACCGGCGCAUGCACUACCUCUGUGAGUUUGACGCUUGACCCUACCCCCCCCUGAAAAUCCCACUCAAUUAGUUUCUGCAUUGAAAUAAUUCAUUAAGUCUACUUAAGAAAACACCAUCGAUCAGCCAAGCUUGAUGUCAGUUAUUCCAAUAACUGAUUUUUUUUUUUGGCUGGACCUCAACGGCGGGGCCAGCCCUACAAACGCGAAUGUCUGUGGGUGACUGACUGACUGACUAAGUGAUGAAGUGACCAUUGGUCGGCCGGAUCACGUGUGUUAGUUUCAGCCAUAUACUUGGUUUUAACCUGGUCUUGUUUGCAAAAAGCAGGAUUACCACAACUUGUAUUGUAUACAAACACAUUCAUGAAAUGAAAUCUGCCAUGUGCUUAUUAAAAAAAAACAAAAAAAAACAUUAAAUCAUUAGAGAAUGUUAGCUGCAGUGGUGUUGACUAUUUCAUGGAGCAUAGUUAAAUGAUAAAUUAUAACAGGAUACUUGUGGUGAAAAGUGUCGACAAAGUUCAUUCAGUUAAUAUUUAUGAACUAAAUGAAUUGCAGUCUAUGUAUAAAAUUAGCAUUCAUAAAUACAUACUGAAAGUCCCUGUCUUGGGCAUGAGGUUUUAUAAAAUAUUGUUGUGAUGAACAUAAUAAUUUAGUCAAUCUUUAAUAAUAGAGCAAAAGGAGAAUUUUAUUCAUGAAUAUCCAUUCUUAACAAAAAUUCAAUCACUUUUGUUUUUAAAAAAAAGUACUUUUCCAAAUGUGCAGUAUGUCUACUAGAUAGUGUAAUAUGAUCAAAGUAUAAAUGUGCAAAAUCUUUCAAGCCAAACUUAAAAUUCUAGGAAUUUAAAAAGACUGUUAUUAUGGGUUAAACAUUACGCGCAUUUGAUAAUCACACAAUGGUUAGCUAUACAAUUCCAUAUAUCAAUGCAACAGCAAUUCACAGUAAAGUGUGCUGCAAAAUGUCUGAUGAGAGAAGCCUUCUACUGAUUGAAUAAAUACACAAAUAAACACUGCACUUCAA